GGCGUGUACUCACGCUUCAAGUGUUCAAACUCCAGCCCUGGCAGAGUUGCUAAGUUAUUUCGACUGAGUUGAUCAGGGCCGAUUCUGUAUGUUCGUGCUCUAUCUGAUAGUGCAGUAUAUGCCGCUCCCAUCGAUCUUGCUCUCCGCUCCCACCUCAAGAGCCAGGUCAUCGUUUCUGCUCUGCAAAUAUUCUCACCGAUGUCAGAUAGGUACUUCCCCGAUCACGGUUAUCUUUCUUGAAGACAUCGUAACCAUGUCUAUCCAAGACACCACUUUGCCGUACGGACGUCAACAUGGUAAAGGCCUGCAAACGCUCCGCUUAUUUCGAGCACAUGUCAGGUAGAUAAGCACUGCCCUUGCUACCUAAACAAGAAGGUCGAACAUGCAGACUAUAGCCCAAGAAGUGGUUACGGCCACUGGUGAUGCAGGGUGACCCUUCAAGUUGUCAGCCGUGUGAUCAUCGAUACACUUACGGCCUUUCCGUUGGACCUUUUUGUUGGUAGCGAAUUAUCGAGGAUAGUCAUCAAAUGGAAAAGUUAACGUUGCCCUGCAAGUAUAAUACAUUGGCGAUCGGCGGCCUCUCCCUCACUCUUUGAAAUCGCCAUUUGACCCGCAGUUUCAUGUCGGAACUAGAAGAAUCUCUCUAUGCUCUUAACUGGAAUGACACCAUAUCAG